CGCUGAACGUGUCCCGUCAAUAUAUCUCGAUCUUUUUAAACAGUGCGCAUUUUAGCAUUUUCUGGACGUUUUAUUAUUAUUUUUUUUAUAUAUCGUUUUGACGUGGACAUGGCACAUUUUAAAGAGGGCUAAUGAGAGCAGAGACGUAGUUAUCAUACUAGUUAGGUGUUUAGUUAGGUAACUAGUGGAAGCUAUCUCAGCCACAUGGUGUACAUGUCCAGAACUGUCAUGCGACGUGGUUGUUGGGCCGAUGCGUUGCGUGUCUUUCCGUAUGGAUUACACAUUUCCACAAGUUGUUUCGUUUUCUUUCUUUCACGGAUUAUUUUAACUCUGGACAACCCAGACAGGACAACCCAGACAGUCUUAGACUCGGGGUUGAUAUGGUCAAGUGUUGGAAAUCAACGUUGCUCUUCAUGAGGACCAAAGACCGUCGUUGUCACACACCGAGUCAUAUCAGACACAACCUCUGACUGUACGAGUGGAGAAGGUCGUCCUGUCCAAUGACCUGAGAGACGUCCACGCCUUUUUCCAGCACCUCGUCAUCACACAGGUGGUAGGGAGAAAGGCUGCGUCACCAGAGGCCCACCUUUUGGACCUGCUCAGCCCCGGAGACCGCCUUGGACACCUGCCUGUCUAACUCCCUCAGACUGCACCACGCCCAGGACACACUAGCCAUGUCUGCUGCUGGUGGAGACAAACAGGUCGAUACAUCGAUCAGGCAGUUUCACCAAUCAGACCCGGACUUGGCGCCUCUCUCUCUCUCCGGUUGGUCGACAGAGACCGUUUGGCCACAAGCUGCUACUACACCAAGUGGGAUGUGCCGUCUGACCCGGGGGACACCGAGGGUUACCACACCUACACCACAGAAACAGACCAGGAACUCACAGCCCACUACACCUCAUAGGAGUUCAGUAGUCGCAGCCCACUACACUACUGGGGAAGUUUGGUAGUUGUCCUUCCCAGCCCACUGAUACAUUAUAGGGAACUUAGUUUAGUAGUUUCCUCCCCCAGCCCACUACCAGCAACAGCCCGGCGGGGGAUGGACCUCCAUAGGCCACUCAACUAGUUCCAAACCCUACACUGUUUGUAGUUUAUCGCCCUUGACAACGGUAGGUUUGGACUCUUACCUCAGCGGUCAUUUUGAGAACGGUGGUGGCAGCCUAGAAGAGGCCUCAGGAUUAUUUGUGGAUCUCAGGGACCUGUGGAGGUCUCAAUGAAGAGCAGCUAUAGUCCCCUCAGCUUGAUCCAUCUCUGCCUCACAGAGGAACCCGAGUUGGACUAUCCUUCCUAACCUCACAACUUAAACGGAAGAAGUCUGGCAUGGGUCUCUGAUCUCAGUAUUGGUGGAUGCAGCCUCAUCUCAAACUGGUCCUUCUCAAACCAGAUGAUGGAUGAAACUAUGGUAGCUGUAUCCAGUGAGGAGGGAGGUGUAUCCAAGGGUGAAUAUGAAGUUUGCCGAACCCUUGGAAAGCCAGAGGCUGUCUUUUCUUCUGGAAAAGGCCGCCUCUAGGGAAGCCCUGAUGUGGAAGGUGUACGUGCCCAAAAAGCCAUCUCCCAGCAGUCAGGAUACAGACAUCUCCCCUGCCCAGCGUGAUGAGGCUGUGUGCUGGCUCAUUAACCUCCACAAUGACACCAAGCUAUAUCCAGAGACCCUCUCCCUAGCCAUCAGUAUUUUGGACAGGUUUUUAGGCACUAUAAAGGCCCGUCCAAAGUACCUCCGCUGCAUCGCCAUCGCCUGUUACUUCCUGGCUGCCAAAACCAGCGAGGAAGACGAGCGUGUGCCGUUGCUGCGUGACUUGGCCAGCAGCAGCAGAUGUGGCUGCUCCCCAUCAGAGAUACUAAGAAUGGAGAGGAUCAUUCUGGAUAAACUUAACUGGGACCUGCACGCUGCCACACCGCUGGAAUUUCUACACAUUUUCCAUGCCAUGGUGCUGUCCUGCAAGCCACGGUUCAUGUUGGGUCUGGUGGGGUGUAACCCGUCGCAGCACCUGUCAGUGUUGACCCAGCAGCUGCACUACUGCCUGUCCGACAGCGCCCUGCUACAGCCCCUCUCCCGGGGAUCCAUGCUGGCGCUGGCCCUCGUCACCCUGGAGCUGGAGAAUAUCUGCCUUGACUGGCUGGCUCUCACCAUCAACCUGCUCAGGAAAACACAGAUUGACAGUUCUCAGCUGAUCCGAUGUCGAGAGCUGGUGUCACGUCACCUGUCCACACAGGAAGCUUCCCUGCCUCCCAACACUGUGUACAUCUACCAGUCCCUGCACCGCAGUCUGGACCCAGACCCCUGCACCCGGGGAAGAGAGUCCAACACCAGGCUCCCCUCCCCAGACACAGACCCACCGGCGACAUCCACGGCCCCUAGGGACAGGAGCCUCUCUUGGGUCUCCUCUACCACCCUGCUCCAUGUCCAUGGACCACCCAAACCCAGCCACCACUCCCACCAAGUCUCCCUGCGCUGCAAGCACUCGGCCAAGCGCAAGGUGGAGGAGAUGGAGGUCGACGAAUUCUACGAGGGGAUCAAACGACUCUACAACGAAGAGACCGGGGUCGCUCCGGAAGGGACGGCGGUAACGGGGGAGGAGCCUCUAGAGGAGAAUCCUGUCCUGUUGGUCAGGCGGGAGGACCACACCUCCCCCUGCCCCCCUCUCCAACCCGUCAGUGUCUCAUAGAGAAGAAGAGGAUGAAACCAAGGCCUUCUCUUCCUCUCUACCUGAGCUGCAAGGAAAAUAAGUCUCAGUAUUCAAUCUGUCAUGGCAUUUAUCCACCAACCCCAGGCAUCGAUUGAGCCCAAAAAAGUCACCGAAAAAAUAUGCUAUUUCAUAACUAUUUGUUGAGCACAAAUAUAAAAUGAUAAAAAAAUAUAUAUAAUUAAAUAAAUAAAGGAAUAAUCUUGUCCUUCAAAAAAGAGGUGAAAUUACUACUUCUCCCUGUGAGUCUCUGUGACGAUAUUUCUCUAAUGUAAGGUCGAUUCAUUUUAUUUCUGUUUUUGACACUAACUAAUCUAAGUUUCAAUCAGUAUAUUUAUUUUAUUUUACCUUCCUCCUUUCCUAAAAAAAAUAAUAAUAAUAAUUCUCAGCAUGUUGUCUUUAACCCCUCACAAAACAUGUCACUGUAGAACUAUGUUAACCUGAAGUACUGAACGGUCGUUUCUAAGAUUUUAUUACGUUUAAUAAUCUAAAUAUCCCCUUCCACAACUUUCCUGUUUUUUUGUCCCGUCACAGUGUGCUGUAGUAGUUUAACCAAAGAAGGAACGUUACAAGCUACUGUCAUUAAUGACGAUGCGUAACUGAAUCAAUUUACCCAAUGAAGCAAUAUGUUUUAAGAUAAACAGCUUUGUUAAAGGAUUGUCUGUCCCAAGUGGCGCCCUAUACCCUACAUAGUGCACAACUUUUUAUUAGAGGCCUAUGGGGGGUAAUAGGGUGACAUUUCAGAUGCAAUCAAGAAGAGGGUUUGAAGAUGUAGCUACCAUAAUUCACCUUAUCUUUGCUGUUCAGAAACAACAUGCUGUUUUUUUUUUGUUUAUUGCCAAAAGGCUCUUGCUCUGGGGUGCUGGUAACUGCCUAUGUACUGCUGGCAACUUGUGGCACCAAUAAAACAAGUGAAAUAAUCUUUAUCAUGUUA